AUGGAGUGUGUUGGUGCUCGCAAUUUCGCUGCAAUGGCGGUCACAUCUUUUCCUUCUUGUAGUUCCCGAAGGAGGUUGCCGCUGGUUAAGAGAUACAGUUUUAAGAAUCUUCGGUGUGGUUUGUGUAGAGUCGUCGUCAGAGCUAGCGUCAGCGGAGGAGGAGGAGGAGGCUCCGGUAGUAGUGAGAGUUGCGUUGCGGUGAGGGAGGAUUACGCUGAUGAUGAAGAUUUUGUGAAGGCGGGUGGUUCGGAGAUUACGUUCGUUCAAAUGCAGCAGAACAAAGACAUGGAUGAACAGUCUAAGUUAGUUGAUAAGUUACCUCCUAUAACAAUUGGUGAUGGUGGUGGUGGUGCUUUGGACCUAGUGGUGAUUGGUUGUGGUCCUGCUGGUUUAGCCUUGGCUGCUGAAUCAGCUAAGCUUGGACUUAAAGUUGGACUCAUUGGUCCGGAUCUUCCUUUUACAAACAACUACGGUGUUUGGGAAGAUGAGUUCAACGAUCUUGGGCUGCAAAAAUGUAUUGAGCAUGUUUGGAGAGAUACCAUUGUGUAUCUGGACGAUGACAAUCCCAUUACCAUUGGCCGUGCUUAUGGAAGAGUUAGUCGAAGGUUACUUCAUGAGGAGCUCUUGAGGAGGUGUGCUGAGUCAGGUGUCUCAUAUCUUAGCUCCAAAGUUGAGAGCAUAACAGAAGCUUCUAAUGGCCUUAGACUCGUUGCCUGUGAUAAAAACACCGUUGUUCUGUGCAGGCUUGCCACUGUUGCUUCUGGAGCAGCUUCAGGGAAGCUAUUGCAAUACGAACUUGGAGGGCCUAGAGUCUGUGUUCAAACUGCAUAUGGCGUGGAGGUUGAGGUUGAAAACAGUCCAUAUGAUCCAGAGCAAAUGGUUUUCAUGGAUUACAGAGAUUAUACAAACCAGAAAGUUCGGAGCUUAGAAGCUGAGUAUCCAACGUUUCUUUACGCCAUGCCUAUGACAAAGACAAGAAUAUUCUUUGAGGAGACAUGUCUGGCUUCAAAAGAUGUCAUGCCCUUUGAUUUGCUUAAAAAGAAGCUCAUGUUAAGAUUAGAUACACUCGGAAUCCGAAUUCUAAAGACUUAUGAAGAGGAAUGGUCUUAUAUCCCAGUAGGUGGCUCCUUACCAAACACUGAACAAAAGAAUCUCGCCUUUGGUGCUGCAGCUAGCAUGGUACAUCCCGCAACAGGCUAUUCAGUUGUAAGAUCUUUGUCUGAAGCUCCAAAGUACGCAUCAGUCAUAGCAGAUAUACUAAAACAAGACACUACUACUACUUCCUUCACCAAACACAUCAACAGCAACAUUUCAAGACAAGCUUGGGAUACUUUAUGGCCACUAGAAAGGAAACGACAAAGAGCAUUUUUCCUCUUUGGCCUUGCGCUCAUAGUUCAAUUCGAUAUCCAAGGCAUUAGGAGCUUCUUCCAAACUUUCUUCCGUCUUCCUAAAUGGAUGUGGAGAGGGUUUCUAGGAUCAACGUUAACAUCAGGAGAUUUGGUACUGUUUGCUUUCUACAUGUUCAUCAUUGCACCAAACAAUUUAAGAAAAGGUCUUAUUAAUCAUCUGGUUUCUGAUCCAACCGGAGCAACCAUGAUUAAAACCUACCUCAGAGUAUGAAUGAUUCUCUCCUCCACUCUUGGGGUUUGUAUAUAUACAAAUUAUCAAUGGACGGAUGGUGUAUGGUAUGUUGGUUACUAGGAAAACUGGAUAAAUUGGUGUAUAGAAUCAACGGGUCAUUUUUUUCGUUUUGAGCUGCAUUCUCAUUAUUUCUCAUUAAGAGUUAUAGAUUCAAAAGUAAUGUAUGUCCAUCACUAGUCUUCAGUUUCUAAACAUGAGUAAUACAUUUAUUUUUAUUUGUAAUUGGUAUAUAAUGGUUAGACUAUAUUUU